AUGGAUUAUAACAGCAGCAGUGAGGAGCUGGUUAUGACUGAACGUGACGCCAAGAGUCUGAGGUUGAAGGCAGCCUUAGUGCAGGUGCUUGUGUGGUUCUUCAUCUAUACUGACAUCUUCAUGCUCUCCACCUUCUUCUGUAGGCAGGCUUUUCGUAGCGAGACACGUUACAUUCUGUUUGCUCACACCCUGUUGAUGGACUCUAUACUCCUGUUCCUCACAGGGCUGGUGGUUCUAAUUAAUAGCUUUUAUGUACUACUUCCUGUGGGCCACUGUAUCGCGCUCUGUUUUCUUAUGGGCUUCAGCAUUAAAAAUACACCCUACACCAUCACCGCUAUGUGCCUGGAGCGAUAUGUGGCCAUCUGCAUGCCGCUUAGACAUGCCAGCAUUUCCACAACCGGCAGGGCCAUAGCUGCCAUAAUUAUCAUCUGGGCAUUCAGCUCUGUCAAGGUCAUCAUAGAUCUUGUAAUUGUCAAUGUCACGGCCCCACCAGGCUACUUUGCGAUGCCCACCUCAUGUGACUACCAGAUCAUACUGGUGACUGAGUGGCACCAACUCAUGUAUUUCAUUUCUAAUCAGAUGGACUUCUGCAUUAUUGUGUUGAUAAUAGUGUUCUGCUACACCAAUCUCAUGCUAGCAGCUCAAGCUGCCUCCGGAGAAAAUAAGCAGUCUGCAUCAAAGGGGCGACACACACUCCUGCUCCAUGCUGUACAGCUCUUUCUGUGCACGGCUGACUUGUGGUGCCCCUUUAUAUUGGAUGUUGCUACAAAGCAAAGCAAACACUUGUACUUACCAAUUAGAUUCUUCAAUUUCAUUUUUUUUACCAUUUUCUCAAGGGCCCUGAGUCCACUUAUCUAUGGCCUCAGAGAUAAAAAGUUUAAUCUUGCCCUGAAAUAUUACAUGAGCUGCAAGAGCAAGCCCCUCUCUAGAGAAAUAUAG